GGUGCCGUGUUUAAAUCAGCUCGCCGUCGGCCAGUCAAAGUCCAGCGCGUGCGUCCGUGUGUCGUGACGCAGCCCAGCGCACGGCUGGACAUCACACAGGAUCAAAGCGUCUGUUCUUGUGCCGCUAAGCUCUUAGUAAAAGCUCGUGUAGUAUUUGCGCGUGAUUUUUUCUUGCGCUUCUGAUCGAUGACGGGUGACGGAAUGAUUUCAGCACCGCGGACAGCGACCGACAGAACAAAACUCCCAUACUGCCACGCGUCUUUUCAUAAUCUUCAAGAGCUGAGACACAGUGCGUCUUUAGCCAACAAAGUCUUCAUUCAGAGAGAUUACACAGACGGCACCGUCUGCAAAUUCCAGACCAAGUUUCCUUCUGAGUUAGACAGCAGGAUUGAAAGGACACUGUUUGAGGACACAGUAAAGACGCUGAAUAAUUACUAUGCUGAAGCGGAGAAGAUCGGAGGUCAGUCGUACCUCGAGGGCUGUCUCGCCUGCCUCACGGUUUACCUCAUCUUCCUGUGCAUCGAGACACGCUAUGAUAAGGUGCUGAAGAAGAUCUCACGGUACAUUCAGGAGCAAAAUGAGAAGAUCUACGCACCUCGAGGUUUACUCAUCACAGACCCGAUAGAGAGAGGCAUGAGGGUUAUUGAAAUCAGUGUGUAUGAGGAUCGUGGAUCAAGCGGUUCCAGUUCUGGCAGCAGUACAACUAGCAGCAGUGGACGAUAAAUCAAACACCCACUGUAAUGUUCACUCAUCCUCACUUGCACAGGUUUGCCUUGAUGCCC